AUGCACGAAACUUCAACACGUCAUUAUCAGCACUUGUACGAUGAGUUAAUUCUUCUAAAACAUGCACUAUUCAAUUCAAAGAAAGAUUAUCUUGAUCCUUACUUUGUAUCACCAUCACAGUUACGCGAAUUUUUGACUAAUGUUUCAAGUAAUUGGAUGAUAUUAAGCUCGAACAUGCAGAUCCUGGAUCUUCACAUCGAUCGAUAUUAUAGGUUUCCAAAUACUUCCACAAUCACACGAGUCGGUGCAGAUAUUUAUUUAUUUAUUCAUAUACCAUUGACAGAUUAUGUUGACCGAUUUACGUUAUAUAAAGUUUUAUCAUUCCCAAUACCAAUUCCCAAUUCAAUGCACAGCUCAGAAAUUAUCAAUCUACCUAAGUUUAUUGCGGUUUCAAAGAAAAAUGAUUAUUACAUGACUUUUGACAAAAGACCAGAAAUACUGAAUUUUCAGUUUAAACUAGACGACACACUAGUUAAAAUCACUGAUAAUUCAUGUGUCAAUCUUAUUUUUUUCAACAAAAUUGAUCAAAUCCAAUUAGAAUGCGAGAUCAUUGUCCACAACGUCAAACCACCACCUAAGAUCAUAUCUCUCAAUGACAACAAACUACUGAUGAUAAACGUUAACGAAUAUUUAGAGACUAAAACACAUAAAAACACGACUGACGUAUUUAUUGUUCCACAGAGGGAAACGCUGACGAAAGCUAGACCAAUGUGCAGGCAUUCUGAGCAUAGGAGAGAAAUACUCAAUAAAUACUCAAUUCAUCACGACUGGUAUGCAAAGUAUUACAGACGAGGCACUCUCUCCUAUAUAAGGAGAUGCAGCAUUAAGCAGGGAGGGAAGAACAACAGAAGACACACACGGGACUACACGACAUACGAGAAGAGACGGGAAGAAGAACAGAAGACACACACGAGUCUACUCGAGAGACGAGACGAAACGGGACGGACACAACAAAACUCACGCAACAGAUAG